AUGAGUAGUAAAACCGAAUUACAUAGAAAAUUAAAAGAGAUUGGCUAUGAAAUUGGUCCAUAUGCCUCGAAAGAUACACUAGAAAUUGUUAUGCGAUUACAUUCACAGGCUGUUCACAAGGGUAUCAACGUCUCAAAAUUGAAUGAUCUUGAUUUGAGAAAAAAUUUGAAAGAUUAUAAUUUAACUGUGGGACCAGUAACGAAUCAAACACGUCCGAUUUAUCAACGUAAACUAUUAGAAUUAAUUACAAACGAAAUAGCUGAAGGAAAUGACGAUGAUAUGGAUGUUGAUUUUGUUCAAAAUUCAUCAACAGCAUCAUCAACACCGCCAAAACCAGUAUCAUCAACUACUUAUUCUUCUUCAUCAAAUGACAUAUUAUCACCAACGAAUAUACCAAAUGCAGAUCCUCGCGUUCAGUUGACACGUAUUAAUACUGAUGAUAAUACUGGCAUUUCUCCACCAUAUCCAAAAUUACCACCAAAACGAGACGUAACUCCCCCUUCAUUUAAGACAAAUUUGUUUUCAACAAAUUUCAGAACAUCAUCAACUGAUAGUACUGUAACAUCGUCACCUGUCAAACGUUAUUCACCAGGUGACGAUUAUGGGAAUAAUAAUCAAGAUGGGUUAUCAAACAUUCCUUUAAAAUCAUCAAUGCGAUCAACCGAUGGUACCACUUAUGGUUUACGCAAUCCAUAUAAUUUUCAAAAUGAUGAUUAUCAACCAACAACAACGUACACAAGUCCUUUUACAUAUUCAGGUUUGGAGUCCAAAUCAAGUAAUGACACAAUGACAUCGAAUACAAGUCAAUAUUUACCAAAACUCCAAUUUGCGUCAACAACACACAAUACCCCAAGAUAUGACAAUUUUGAUGAUUCAGAUACAAAUGUGAUUCAUCGACGAACCCAUGAGCCAGCAACGAUUAUUGAAUCGAGACCAUCAAAAUACUCCUCAUCACAGCCAAAAAAAGUCUCAUUUUCCGAUGAAAAUAUUCCCGGUGGUAAAAUGAAUAUUCCUGGUGAAAAAUCGAAUAAGGAUAAAAUGGAUUUGGUUGAGUCAGCUAAGGAUAAAGGUACGGUAGCGGUAUGUUAUACGGUGGUAUUACUCUAA